CCAACACCGGGGAAUAUGAAAUUAUAACUACUAAAAGCAUAUUCAAAAACUAUUCAUAUUUCAUAAAUUCAAUAAAAAUAGUGAAAUUAUCCAAAGUGAAAAAAUAAAAAAAUAUGAUUAACAAAAGUAAGAGUUAAGUUGUGCAAGAAAAAGGCAUUAAACACUAAAUGUACUUUAAUUAAUGUACACAUACAUAGUUAAUAAAAGGGAUAUAGCAAUCUUUAAUACCAAAGAAUACAUAAUUCAAAAAGAUAUACAUAAUUAUGUAAAAAAAGGUUCAAUUUGUGGGCACCGCGAAAUUUUCAUCGUAACUCAUACACACAAACGCAAUCUUUGCUACUGAUCGAAGAUUAAAAUCCAUCAUUGGUUACGUUACGUGUCACCAUCAAAAAAGUUAGAUAAAAUAGCGACAUAUUCAACCAAACCAACUGACAUACAUACGCAUUACAACAACAAUUACACAAAAAUACACAUUUUUGAAACCCGGCGCGUAAGUGGCAUCGAAGCAGCGCAUGCGACCCUGAAAGAGCAAAAUAAGCAAAAGAUCCUACGACAAAAGCGACAACGAAAAAGUCAAUGACGAAGACGAAAGCGUAGCAGCAUUAAAACAUAAAAAAGUAAGCGGAUGCAAUCGUGAGGCGAGCAAUGCCAAUGCGAGAAGUGAAAACAAGCGCAACAAAUAACAAAAUUGAAAGUUAGCGAGCGCACAAACAAGUUGAAAAAUAAUAAUGAAUAGUCAACCAAUUGGCUAAAGAAAAAACUUUAAAAUUUCUGAAGUAUUUUAAAAGUAACAACAAUCUCGUUUACAAAAAAAAACUGAAUCAUUUCAGUGCAGUGCAAAACUCGUAAAACUGUAGCUCUGGUUUAAAUCUACAAAAUUUGCAUCCAUAAUUUAGCGAAAAGUUGACGCAACAUUUGCCUACAACAUGUUGCUAUCAAGACGAAGAAUUCCACCAGCGAAAAUUUCCAUAAGUGCCACACCCACCACUACGGUAGUUGGCAUGCUGUUAACAGUGUUGAUGAUGUUGGUGAGCACGUCACCCGUUCAAGCAGCGAUUGAUGAAACAAUUAGCGAACACGAAGGCAAAUCGGUGGUGAUACCUUGUCCGGUAAACAAAGCUAAAUGUGGCGAUCUGCAUUCGAUAAACUGGUUCAAGGGAGACGAUCGUAUUGCAGCGAUGCUGCUGGGCGAUAGCAAUGUGACAAGCGUCUCAGAUGAGUUUGCGAAUAGAGUCACCGUGGAACAAAAUCCAUUUAGAUUAGUAAUUAAUGACUUAAAAAUAGCUGAUGAGGAUAUAUAUCUUUGUGAUACAACAUUUCUUAUACCAAUCGAAACGUGUGAUAAUUUCAACGGCUAUCGGGUCGAGUUGAAUGUCUUAGAAAAUAUUGUGCCACCAUCAGAGGUUGUGAUCCUGGAUGAGAAAGGCGAUCGCAUUGAGAAUGGUUCCAUCAUUGGCCCCAUGCAGGAGCGUCAGACACUGAAAGCAGAGUGUGUAGUUUGGAACACACGACCUCAACCACAGGUCGGCUGGUGGCGGGGGAAUAAACGACUGAUGACGCUUCGAGAAGGACGAUGGCACGUAUCACACGCAGUCAGAGCUUAUCUUCAACGCGACACGUUUCGAGAAUGACAUGAUAUUUCGGUGUGACGCGGACAAUGUCGUGCUGCAGAUAAACCGAGAAAAACCAUUCACGUCAUCAUUGACACUGGAAGUUUUAUAUCCACCGGUAGUCAAAGUCAGUCCGCCGGAGAUUACAGUAAAUACCAGCGACACAGUGCUGCUCAACUGUGAAUAUGUCGCGAAUCCGGCAUCUCUGACGCAAGUUGUCUGGUAUCGCAACGGUGAUUUAGUCAAUGUCAACGACACAGAACGUUAUGAGGGGGGCAAUUCUGAGAACGUUGCACUGGUUAUACGCUCUACUGACAAGGAAGAUGUCGGCAACUACACCUGUCAACUAUCAAAUGCCAUUGGCAAGGGCAUCUCUGAGCAGCAAAUUGACCUGGAUGUGCAGUUUAUGCCAAUUGUCGAAGUGCUGAUGAUACCCGAGGGUCCCGUAAAGGAGAGUGACGAAUCGAAUGUGACACUUUACUGCAACAUCUUAGAAGCUAAUCCUGCGGUGCUGACAAAAGUGCGUUGGUAUGCCAAUGCGACGUUGCUCAAGGAGUUGCCUGAUUGUGAAGAGACUAAGGAGGAUUUAUGUCACAUUGAUCCUAGUAAAUUACUGUUAGAAAGUAUUGGACGUGGCUUUUUCUAUAAUUACUCUUGCGAGGGUUAUAAUGCGGCCGGUUGGGGACCACGAAGUGAAGAUAAGGAAUUAAUGGUGCAUUACGAACCCGGUCCCGCCACGCUCACUCACUUCCCCUUAAUUGCGGUGAAGAAGAAGAGUGUAACAUUUUCAUGCUCCGUGGACGACCCUGGAUAUCCUGAAUCUAAUAGGUCUGUAAAGUCGUACAAAAACACCGCAUAUACAUCAUCAUAUAAUUCCAUUGUUCCUAAAACCAAUUUAUCUGAGAAAUCAACCAAAUCAUAUACAUCACAUCCCACCACAACCGCUGCAUCCACACCCCAAACGGGUGAUAAUUUCCUUAUUCAUUUCCAUACCGUACAAGCGUUGCAACCCUCUGAGGCUGAGGCAGCUUAUGAGGCGUUGAUACGACAAAAUUCACCAUUGCUUGAACAACACCAACAACAACAUAGCAACCAAACGAUACAAAAAGAAACCCAUGCACUAAUUGGCCUGAACAAUCAUACUCCUCUAUGUACAUUGCUUACACUCACCACAUUCUCACCAAAAUCACAAAUUCUAACACUGUACAAUGUGGCGAAAACCAACAUGGCUGACACCUCAUCACAAUCAUCAUUCGAUUCAUCAUCAACAUCACUUGACUUCAAUCCAUCAUUACAACAACACCACCAACUCUCAUUAUACCGAAAAAUGGGCGCAUUUACUCAUGGUGCCCAAAUGUUAAUGCAUCCACAUAGAUUCCGUUGGUUGCGCGGUGGACGUGGUCCGCUACAGGACAUUGUCACCAAGGACUGGACUGUUGAGCCGGUGGGUUUGGAUAGCCGCACAAAUUACUCAUGCUAUGCAUUCAAUGAAGGUGGUAAAGGUGUAAUGGCAACUAUCAAUCUGGAGGUGCAUGCACCUCCAUUCUUCAUCAAGAAUUUGGUGCCAUAUACGGGCAUGUUGCAUACAUCGCGCACAGCUAAUCUUACAUGCCGCAUCGAGUGUGUGCCGCGCUGUGAAAUUACCUGGUUAAAGGGCACGGAGCCCAUUGAUAAGAACGACACGCGCUACUUCAUCAAAGAGAAGUAUUUGGAUGCCUCUCCGGCGACAGGCGAUUUCGAGAGUAUGCUUUCUGUACUGCACUUUAAUAUGUCAAAUUGGCCCAAUCAUAAGUUCGAUAUUGAAGCGGAUAGCGCCAACUACACAUGCGUUUCGACAGGAAAUACCGUUGGACCUGGCAUCAAGAGUUCUACAUACUUCUCAAUUGAAUAUGCGCCGGAGAACUCAACCGUUUCCGAUGACAGGGUUUAUGUGCAGGAAGGGACGAUACCCGGACGUGUCAUUUGCAAUGCCAGAGCUAACCCCAGCGCUCACUACAACUGGAUAUUCAACAGCACAAAACUCGGCCAGGAUCAAGCUUUAAUCAUCAACACACCAAUGACUCGCAAUGAUUCUGGAAUUUACACUUGUGUCGCCUCGAAUAAGCACGGCAAUAGCACAGCGGAAACAUUCAUCGAUGUACAAUUUAAGCCACGUUGCGAAAUUGAAAGGCACGAGAUCGAUGACCAGGAUACACUAAUUUGCACAGCAUUCGGAAAUCCUGUAGAGGCGGAUUUUUCAUGGUCAAUUAAAGCGGAAAAUGACAGCGCCGAAUGGCUGGGCAGUGGCGAACGGCAGGAUUUCAUCGACAAGAGUUUCUAUGUGUUGGACGACGGUUAUGCGAUUGCACGCACUUAUCGAUGUGUCGCCAACAACACCGUCGGCCCGGGGACAUUCUGUGAAAUCGAAGUGGCUGUACGACCAAAAAAACAACUUGUCUGGUGGCAACGCUGGGAUAAGACUACGCUCAUUAUCCUGGUAGCCUCAAUAUUAGCGCUACUUUUAGCCGUGAUUAUAAUUUGUUGCAUCAUCAUUUGCAUAUGCCGCCGCCGCAGACGUCAAGAUAAAUAUCGCACCGACGUCUCCAUCAGUGCCACUCACAGUGUACUCUCUUAUCAGUCGAAUGCGCCACAAGGUGGUGUGGCUACACCAGCGCUCGAAACGAUUUCCCCGCAACCACCGACUACGGGUUGUCUAUUGCCUAAUUUAGCCGCACAAGAAUUGCCACAACUUCCUGGUCCAAAACUGCCGCCCAAGUCACCGCCCCCGAAGCCUCCGUCCAAGAUCACACCCAAACCCUCACCCGCUACCACCCCCGCACACACCCCCACCAUUGUUACUACACCCACUCGAACACCCAGCUUACGUGUAAGGCACGCCGCGCAAGCACCUAAAUCACCGCCGCGCUGGCCGUUGCGCCCCGGCGUCAUGGUGCAUGUCAGCAGCGAUACAAAAGAGAAUCUGGCAACUAAUCGCAUGACACUGCGACCGCACACAUUGACGGCACAACUGUCGAAUUUGACAACAAUGGCAGCGGCUGACAGCAGCACUGCAUCAAGUGCCACACUGAAUGCAUCUGGCUUCUCAGCAGCCACCGCACAAACAACACUUCUAAAUGCAUCUACACAGACAGUCGAUUGCAGUGAUACGGGUCUAGGAGGAGAGAGUGGCGAUGGCGAUCGUGGAUGCGGAAGUGUUGAUAUUCCCAAGCAAACGUCAACGCUCGGCCGUUUUGACUGUCGCCAAAAGCGUGCCGCCGGAGUGGGCAGCGAAUACGCCAGCCCUGGUGCUUGCUCCCACCGCACUGCAUGCCAAACACUACCACAUAAAUUUGGCAAAUCAUCACAGUUAAGACCGCACACCACUUUCAAUGUUAAGCCGAAUAAUCAGAUUUUGACAGUCGAAAAUGCCAACACAGAGGAACAGCUAUUGACAAUGCUGACAGCUGUCACAGACGAACCACUUGAGUGUCCGUCAGGCGCCGGAGUUCGUAUGACAGGGACGUCAGUGUCAACGCCGUUGACAACUGAAACGCCAAUAGUAGCUACAGAGGGUGGCAUGGAAGAGAUCACUGUUGCCAGCGCUGAAUCGACAAGCGGUGCGGCGGAAGUUUGUAGCAACGCAGACAAAUGUGUUAGUGCACGCCGCAUGGGACGCGUGGAAAAGUUCUUUUCGAACAUUUUCAAGCGCCGCGGUGCUGGCGUUGACACCACGCGCGACAGCCAGCGCAGCCACAUCGGGUUACUUGGCGGCAUGUGGCAAGCGGGUGCCAGUGUGCUACGGCAGCGCACAGAAACGACGGAAAAGUCGCCAUUUGGCGCAGAGCAUCGCCUAAAGGGCAUACGUUGCAGUGGCAGUGUCACGUACAAAAAGUCGCCAGUACGCACGUCGCAAGGCGGCAACGCUGUCUCCGGUUGUAGCAGUAGCAGUAAUUGUAACAUCAGUAACAACAACAGUACCAGCAUUAGCGUAAUAGCGACUACAAACGCUAGUGCCGCUGAGCUAAAUGAAAACUUCGAACACUCUGCUUCUAAUAUUACUACUCCAGUCACACCAACAGCCACAGCCGCAGCGAGAGCACAGCUACCACAAUCGCCUCCAGCUACGCAGCCGCCUACGCAGCAACCAGUCAACAGUCCCCGAUUACAUGCCUCUGUGACAUUUCAAGUGCCUUCAUACGACAAGACUCCAGCGAACACCCACAGCAUGGGGACGGCCAUCAACGGCGGGAAUGGGACCGCCAACGUAAACAGCAACAACAACAGCAACACUACAACACCGACACAUGGACGACAGCAACAGCUACACCGUGGCAUAUUGAAGAGUCGUACGCCGCCGCCACGUCCACCGCCGCCUUUCAAGGCGGCACCCCCUCCACUGCAGAAGCGCGUUGUGGCCACAAUAUCGCCGACAAAAAUCGAGCGGGUCCAAAUACAAGACAAGUCAUCUUCACUGGGGGAUCCAUUGACGGAACCUGGCGAGUAUGAGAAUCUACCAUUUCAUGGUCUCCAAACGGCUCCUAACAAGUUCUCUACGACUCUUACAAAUUUUAAUAACAACACCAAUGUGGUGCGCGUCGCUCCACGACCCAAGAGACUCAAUGGAAAUAUUGGCCAGCAACAACACCAGCAGCAACAAUACGAACAGGACCAGUGCGACCAGCAAUUUCAAUAUCAUCAACACCAACAGCAACAACAUCAGUACAAUACCAUGCAAUAUGUUGGGGGCGGGGGACGCUUGAUGGCAACGAACCAACAGCACCAGCAAGCACACACAAUGAAUUCCCACAACAAAGGCAUGCUGCUGCAGCAUCACCAACAGCAUAUGUUGACUUCAAUGGCGGAUGGCAGCGAGACUAUCGGCGGCGGCGACAACGGUGGCGCAGGCCACGCAGCUUCUGGUGGCAGCGGUUACAUGAACGGCGGCAUCGGUGGCACUGCACCCCAUCAAACUUCAUACAAUCUGAAUAAUUGCUUUCCGAAGAGUUACACCGAAUAUUAUCACCAGCAACAGCAGCAAAAGCAGCAAAGUAGCGUCUCGAAUAACACUUCCAGCGCGCAGCUGUUGAAUGCCAUCGAACACGAUUACCCAACAUAUGCAGUGGUGGAGCGUAGCUGCGCGAGUGCAGCAGGUCUUGAUAUGGGUGGUUCUGAUGUUGCCGGCGUGCGCACAUGCCCACCGCCCACUGCAGUCAGUACAAAUCCCUUUCUGGCCAUAACCAAUUUCAAAAAAUAUGACACUGGCAACAGCCCUGCCGAUAAUGCUUAUCAACCGCACAUAUUGGACAUAAGUGGCACUGGUUCAAUGCAACGCAACGGUAAGCGCAAACCAAUGAUUGAUGGCAAAAUGGAGGAUAAGAAAUUCUACUCACUGAAAUUCACCGGCGGUGGCGGUAAGAGCAAAGCAUCUCACCCGCCGCAUAAGUCGCCCGCGAGUGGCGUGUUGAAUACGUCUAUGAUAUUCGCCGGCAACAAUAGCAACAAGUGCAAGCGACAUCAUUCUUUUGCUGGUGGUAGCAUUGGCGAUAUUGACUCCGUCGGCCCGGGCGCCCAACAAACCUCACAUCAGAUAAAAUCAUCGGCAUUGAUGCGCUUCUAUGAUCCGCCUGCCUAUGAGAAUUUGGCGGCUGAUAACGCGGCCGCGGUGCAGGUGCACGAGUGUGCCGUAGAGGCGCAUCCAUCGCCAGCUGCUGGUGGUAUGAGUGGCACCGCCACCAUAUUGCUGCACCCGCAGCCCACGGCUAGUGGCAGCGGCACGAGCGGCACCAGCGCACAAGCUGGACAAUCGGGCCACAAGAAAAAACAUCACCAUCGCCAACACCAGCAGAAGGAUGAUUUCAAUUUGAUUGAGCCAGAACGGCUAAGCAUCUACCGCAGCGAUUCCGGUAUAUCGAACAGCUCUUAUGAGUGCGUCACACCUGUGCCACCUCCGCCGGGCAGCACGCGCGGUGCAACGGUGCUGGGCGACACGCCGCCGCCUAAAACGCCGAAAGGAUCGAAGCUUUCGAAGCAUAGCGCCGCUAGUGGCGGUGCAAAUCUCGUCAAUAGCGUUAAUUACAAAAACUCCAUGCGCCAGUCCAGUAGCAGUAAGGGUAACGCUGUAGUAAGCGGCACGUCGUUGCCUGUUUAUAUGAAUGUCGAUGGCUAUCCUUCGGCGUCAUAUGAACGCUCCUGUUCGCCCAACUCUACUUUAGUCAAUUCUUCUUAUGAGUCUGCUUCAUCUUCACAAAAUGAUGGACAUGGCGGUCCCGGCUCGACCGAUCCCACUUCGUUAUCCUCCUGCAACUCACUUUACAGCAGCGGUACUGGCACGCUUAUCGGUGUGGCGCCGCUCAUGAAAACGGGUACUGGCAUGACGGCCUCUCGCUGCGGUCUACAUCAGAAGCCUGCAGAAAUCACGACACCCGAAGAGUACGAACAAUAUCAGCUGGGCCACCACCAUCAUUCUUCCUCAUCGUUGAGUGUGGCCAGCACGGUGAGUGCGAGUGGGACGCGUAGAUGCAAGAAACAGCAAUCCACAUUAGCGCCAGCCGGAUCGGUAACAGGAAUUGAGCAUUUUGGUAUUGGCGUCACUAAUCCAUUUCUAGCAAGUGAAUGCGUCUCAACAGCGACCGCCUGCGCUUUCAACACCACUGCCACCGACCACAGCCUCAGCGCCCAUGGCAUCGGUAAGAAACUACGACGAAAAACCAUCAGCGACCCCUACGCACAUAUCCGGUACAUCACCUAUGGCAACGACCACUCCAACAGCCACCGCGCUGCCGAGUGCCAAACACAUGCCCACAAUCAUCCCGCCAAGUGUACGGUCGGCGCGCUCAAGGCAACAGAUAAACAGCAACAGCAAGCUAAAUCACAACAACAGCAUGACAACAACAAUGGCCGCCAACGUGAGCAACAUCAGCAAUCGUUGCUAAUCCAACGAAAAUCGUGCGGAGGCAACAACGGCAACAGCAAGGACAUUGUAUCGCAGCAGCGCAGAUUAGUACCGUUAGGUGGUAAUGCCGAUGAAGGUGAUGUUGUUGCUAUUGAUGCCACCAAAAAGAUUUCAACCACAGAGGAGAACGUUACUGGCCAUUCUGAUGGUUGCGCUGAUGAUAUCACGAAUUUAAUAUUGCCACAAAUCGAGGAUGAGGAAAGUGCAACAAUAACACUGGCCUCAACUGUUGAUUAUUUGGGACGCAGGCCAGUCAAGUUGCCACUACGCAAGUAUCACAGCUUCCACUUUCAGCCAUCCCAAACGGUGGCUGGCACACUGCGACACUGCAAAUUGCAGCAAUUGCGUAUGCAAAUGCAAGAAAAACAACAACAAAGAGCGCCGAUAACUAUGCCAGAUGAUGUUAAAGAGUCUGUUCGCCCAGAACCAUUAUCGCCAGCUGGAACAGCUGCACCUACUUCAUCCAAACGCUACGCCGUAGAAGGUGGCCCGCUAGUUUUUCGGCCUCUUUCAUGGCACGAACAGCGCAUUUUUAAGCCAAUUUCAUCGCCAGUAGACGCACGCGAAGCGCCGGCAAUAAUGGGAAGAAUGGCACCACAAAUUGCCGAAACGAUAACGGAAAAUACUCGCCAGACCUUCAAAUUGACAACCGCCGAGGCAGAGGAGGAGGAAGAAAAAUCUGAAAUGAGCGAAGAGCUUGCAGAAGAAAUCAAACAAAUCACCCGAAGUGCGCAAUUACCACAUGUGAGCCUCAAUCCCGCUGCCUCGUUAGAGGCCUUAGAAGCGCUCACUAAACAUCAUCCGGAGUUAAUUUAUGCCACCAAACCGGGUACCCGACAGAACCUGCACAAACAGUUGGCAUUGCCAAAACAGUGGACCCAACAAUCGAUCGACGAAAAGCAGCAAACCACGGGCAAUUUGUCAAAAGACUUCGACGAAAAGGAGAGUGGUGGCAUUAAUACAGAGGAUGCCGAUCGUAAUGUCGUCACAGUGGAUGACGAUGAAGAAGACCUUGGCUACUCUUUUUGCGAAGACUACGACGAUGAUGAUGACGAGUUGGAAAGUGAGGAAAUGAAAAGCAGUGCAGCCGAAAGCCAAGGCAUUGGCCUAACUGCGGAUGAGCAACGAACGUCCGUCACAGCAGAGUCUCCGCGGGUGGUGCUCUCAGCUGGGCGCAAUGGUGGGCAAGUGAAAUACAUGCUACGACAAAGCUAUCGGGAAGUGCAUAUUUAGAUGGAUUACAUGACCCAGCGAUGAUUUUUCUAUACUCGAUUUUGUUCGCCAGAAUGAAUAUUGUGUAUGCGCAUAGGAGCAAUAAACUGUACUGCAUUCCCAAUAAUAAAUUAAAUCAUUAGUUACACCAUACCAUACUAUAUAUAUACAUACAUACACAUGUACGUAAAUGUAAAUAACCAAAAAACGAUACCAAAAAUUCAAAUUAAUCUAAGACAGAUUGCGCCUUGCCAUGCUGGCGCACAAAGCGCUAAGAACUAAGUUAAAUAAGUACGUUAAAUUAGAAAUAUGUAUGUAGGUAUUUAUAAAUUAAGUACUCAUGUGCAAGCAAGUAUAUAUACAUACUUAUUUGUAUUUAAAUUAAUGUAAAUGCGUAAAGUUUGUUGGUAUUUUUAAAUAAAACAAGAAGAAAAAAAAAUCCAAAAAGAAGAACAUAGUCAGUUUGUUUAGAUAUUAAAAUUUUGAAUGUAUAGCAUAUAGAUUUUAAAUGAAAACCAGAUUUGCGAAGUCAUUCGUACUUUAAAAGUGUUGUAUAAAAUAUAAAUGUUGAUGCAUAACAAACUAAAUUAAGUUUACAAAUCAGUUAAUUUCGCUCAGUUGUUAAUACACUACUGCAAAAUUUUGUAAUGUAUGCACAAAGAUGGAUAUGUUACAUACAUAUGUACAUAUGUAGUUAAUAGGAAAAACGUGGCAGCUCAUUCAAUUUUUUUUUCAAUUAUUGACAUUUUUAAGUUACAAACGGUAAAUACACCUCAUUUAUUAACUUAUUAAACACUUUAUAUAGUUAUUUAUUUAUUUAUUUUUGUAAUUAUGUAGCUAUUAUUUUAAAAUUACUUAUUCAACCACAAAAUAAUUUAUUUCACAUAACGAGAAUACAUACAUAUUUAGCCAAUUUCUUAAUAACUGCAUUAUAUUUGAAUUAAGAACAUUCACAUGAAAUCAAAUAUUUUAUAGUUAUUUCGUUUCUACCAAAAAAUUUCGCCUUUGCACCGGGGAAGGGUAACAUUUUUUAGAAGAAACGAAAUCACCAUAAUACAUUUGUCAAUUAGAUUAUUCCUUGCUCAUGCAUAUUUACACACAUAUUUCUAUUUGAAAAACUGUCAGCAUAAAGGUAUCACACCCCUAUGCGAUUCUGUCGGUGCGAAUAUGUUCCGACAAAUUUUACAACUAUGCCGACCAUAGUUUUUAAUGAGGAACCACACACUUGCGCGAUUUUGCAGCAGCGAUUUAUUCGAAUAUUCACUGUUCUUCUUUUGGUCGUGCCGAAAUCGCAGACUCCGCGUUUUCAGUCGGUUUCAGUUUGCUGCUCUGUUGCUUUGGCUGCGAAAUUUCAAACAGUUCAGCAACAGCACAGUCUCAAAUAAUCGUUGAGCUUCGAACGAGCUAUCGUUAGCGACGGCAAAAACAAAUAAAAUAUUCGAUUAAUUAUAAAAAAAUAGUUUCGCAGCUCUAUUAUACAUUAAAAACCUGAGUAUGUCUGCUGGUAAGUAUCAAACUACUGGAACGUUUGAGCUCAAACGUAUAACAUACACAUACAUAUCGUCGUUUAAAGUACAAAACCGCGUAUCAACAAAAUGCAAAAAGAUAAUGCA